AUGGAGCCUGGCGAAGAGGAUAUUCUACGAUUGAAUAGAAAAAUAAAACAACUAAUCAGCGAAAACGAUGCGUUGGAAGGUCGUCUUCAACAGUUGGAAAAUGAAAAUCAAGCUCUAAAAGAGGAGUUCGUUCCAUUGCAAAAAUCAUACAGUAAAGCAACCGAAUUUUGCGUUAAGUACAAAAUGGAACUGGAGCAGCAAACCACGGUGAAGGAACAACUUUACGCAGCCAACCAAAAGCACAAAGAACAUUACAGCAGACUCUUGGGACAGUACAGCCAACAGCGUGAGGAAGUGAAAGUGCUUCGGCACAGUUUAAAAUCGGUGGAGGCUACCAGAAGAGUUUCCCGUGUACCAGUGGAAAUAAUAGGAAAGGUCUCCGAUAUUGGCAGGAAUGAAGAGCUGGAGAAACGAUGUCAAGAUCUGCAAAGCAGGUGUGACCGGCUGCAGCAAGAUCUAACCGGGGCGUAUGCCGCAAUUGACGAUUUGGAAUUCGAGCUGGAGAGUGUUGAUUACUUAGAAGCUGAAAAUGAACGUUUACAACAGGAAAUUCAACAUUUGAAAUCAGGUUUACUUGGUCAAACUAGGAGCAGACCAUCAAUGGUCACCCAGCCAGAUAAUGAAACUGCUACAAUCAAGGGUCGAAUGUCCCUCAGAGGCAACACCGGCAACAAAAAAGCUGCCAUCGAAACGGUUCGCCUUUUGACACAAUUUAGUUUGUUUGCCUUUCUCUCGUUCGGAAAGGGGCAGCAAUCGCCUUCUAGUCAGUGCUACAUGAACUGUGUAGUUGGUUCAUUGAAACCUAAGCCAAUGACAAUUUUAGUUUAA